GAUGGUGAGUUUCUUUCGUUGGUGUUGAUGGGAUUGAAUGCUUUGCAUAUGAUAGUCAAAAGUACUGUACGGUCAGUAUUUCCUUCAAUGGACUCGAAAAACGUAUUGAACAUGCACUCGGUAUAUCGUUUCUACUUAGAAGAUACUCUCAGACUAACAAUUUUGAUUAUUUCGAGAUCCCGAGUUGUCGAGUCUCUUGAGUCGUUCGAAUUUACCUCCAGUCAAACUUCUGUCGAGCCCUUCAAGUCUCUGAAGCCAUUCAAGCCCCUCAACUCUUCCACCCUCAUCAAGACCUCCAACCCUUCAACCUCAUCUCCUACCCAAGCACUCCAUACAAGUAGUCUUCCCUCCCACCUCAUUACCCAGCACAGCCCCAUACCACCCUUCCAUCCCUAUAUCUCAAACAAGCUAGCAGCAUAUAGCACAGCACGGCGGGUCGAUCACAAUACCCUACCCGCCGCAGUCAUGCCGACCCGACGUAACCGAACAAUGCGGGCGGUCCGAUUAACCAUUUUCACAUUCUCACCCGUGGAUGUUUGUUUGUUUUUUAUUUCGUUGCUGUGAUGAAGGGGGUUGUAGCACGGACGGGUGGGCGUCGUU